CGAAGAGGAAGAGGAAGGCGGCUACCGCGAGUCUGCAGUGUUCGUCGGGUGCUGGAACGGUCAGGUUCACCGGGACGAGGUUCGGUGGCACGGUUCCCAAGCUUCGAUUGUUGGGGCAUGCAGCGAUACUAGCACUUGCGAACCGAUUUCACCCGAUACCUUGCUUUGGCGGUGCAGGUGUACAAGCCCACGAUAUGGCUCUUCUUCUGCUUGCUGCGUCUGUAGUUCUGAAACUGACAAGCGCUGCAGCGUAUGAUGAUCCAGCGACAUCAGAUUCUACCUUCGUGGAUAGCUGCGACAGCUUGAGAUUGGCCCGAUUGUACACUUUCUGCGCAGUGCCUUAUUACAUAGACUUCUACAAGAGAGAUGUACCGCAGAACAAGAGCUGCAGCCGUGCCCAGCAAUUCAAAAAAUGCACAGAGGAAGCCGACACGGCAACCCAAUGCACAGGCCAGCAGUACUCACUCAAGUCCACCGUGCAGUACUUUACUGCGGUGAUUUUGGGCAGCAACGCAAGAGUGUGCAAUAUUUCUGCAGACACUGAAGACAAACUGCUAUCUUUGCCGGAAAUCCGCGUGGUACAUCGCGGAAGAAAUAAGGAAACUGCACUGCACAGGAAACUGGGUCUAGGCUUCGACAAGACUUCUCGACGUGAGGAAUUGCUUAGCAAGCAAGAUACCGUGAACGUCCAAGGAGUAAGACCUCCACGACACAUGCGUCUAGACGCGGCGCCUGAUUCUACGGCAACGAGUGUGAGUCAAUUAAACAACGCAGACGAGUCAGAGCCGGCAAACCUCGUUAAAGAAACUGCCAUAGCCAACACGGCGCAAAGAAUGGAAACUAGCCAGCCAGUAACCAGCUAUGCAAGAGGGGCUAUUGUAAACGGAGCAGAAACCGGUAUGGGAGGAUCUGUAAGGACAGCGAACGCAACUGGUAUAAUUGAAGCAAGCACCGCCAAUGCCACGUCAUCCACAACGUUAGAAGCAUCAACGUCGAAAGCGACAACUCUUAGUCCAGUACCGACAAACGAACAGAAUACGGGAGCCAGAGUGGGCGGUGCAAGAACAGGGCCGUCCAACAAUGCGGAGAACCAAGCACCGAAACUGAGCUCAGUAAUACCAAACGCCAGCGACACUUUGUCUAGCACGCCGGAGAGUAGCGCAGCGGACGCAAAAUCAUCAAGCGCACCAGUGGCAGAUGAGAAUAUAAAGGUUGCAGGAAAGAAUGCACUUGGUGCUGGCGCAGCCUGGCGAAAAAUUGGCCAAGCCACGACAUGUCUUCCAUUAAACCCGACCUUCGAUUACAACGAUAAAUGCCAAGAGGAGAGAUUCACUUACCUUCGACGUUUUUUCACGUGUGGAAUCAGCUUCCAGCACAACAUGGCUCUGCCGGACCAAAAUUGUUUGUGCUUUUAUAACUACCAAAAGUGCCUGGAGGAAGCUAGACAAGAGCUUGUGUGUAACCCCGAUCAAGAUCCUCUGCUGAUGUCUGCGACAAUUCUCUCCAAUCUAAUGAUCACGAUGUACGCCUUCAACUGCGCGCCGCAUGCAUCGUAUGUAUUCGAAGCAGACCCAGGUACAGGUCAUGGUGCGCUGUCCACGUCAACUUGCUGCAACCAAAAACUGGGACUGCAAAAAGCUAUCAUGUGUUAUGCGUCCUACUUCUACCUCUCAGAGAUGAAGACACCAACACUAUGGCAAAGCACUCAUGGGUCCUGCAGCCUGGUGACAGAUCUACAACGCUGUAUUAACUUCGCUGAACAGCGUACUAAGUGCACUGAUUGCAGAGUUGGACGCCAUGUGAAUAGGUUCCUUGGUGUGAUUGUUCAACCACAUCACCAAGAGUGCCUCACUGCUACCGGAUCGAAAAAGUCCUUGGGGCCGUAUAUGAAACCAAAUUGCAAGCCUGCUCGUGUGUUCAAGAGGGCUCUCACCUGCGCUAUUCAGUUUCAAGACCUGGUUGAAAUGGAACUAAAAAAAGAACGCAAGCAAAGUGUCCUCUGUGGGCACGCUUCUAGACUUCACACUUGCUUGGAAGAUUCUGUCGAAGGCACGGGGUGUAUGGGCGAUACCCAUAUGAGCUCACAGCUUAAAAUGUACAAGAAGCUCCUCGAGGAUGUGUACGGAAUCCAAUGCAAUACUCUUUCUCAAAGAGAAGUGUCUCUUGGUCGAAGAAGCCCACUCAACCGGAAAUUGCCUUUCGGAACCAUGAACCGCGUCGUUCAUCCGCUUGGUAACUACGGCGACGAAGACUACGAUGACACAAAGGAAGCCCCAAACAUUCAAGGUCACUUCGCAGGGCCCCGACGGUCUCUCUCUCAAGACGAUUCAGAGGAUGAUGCCGAUUAUGAGAGGUUGAUGUCCGAUGUGUCUUAUUUUCAGCGACGCAAACUACGCCUUGGUGGGUUAGCUUUGAACGGCAGGCAGACUGAUGAUCUUCAGAGACUGCCUCUUCAAAUGAUCGGGGUCAACCCGAAAGUACGCAGCAGGAACGUAGUUGAUGACAAGAUGCGUAUACCUCCUGUGAGCCAUGGGGGAAACAUACGCGAGUCUUUAGUUGGGAAUCAGAAGAGAAUGCUGGCAGCUCAGCCGCUACAAGCCGUCAUGCGGCACGUGAACUUCGGAAAAGUUGCUGAAGCUAAGAAACGAGAUUUCGAGGAAGAAUACUUCUUCGGCGAUGAUUACUCUGAACACGGUCACAUACCCCUGUUACCAGAAGAAAUGAAGCUCUUUCUUCAAAUGAAAGCCGUUGCGCCUAAAGUUCUGAAUGUGCUGGAAUCGAACAAGACUUUGGCAGGGGCACCUAACCUUGAUACAAUGAACUGCUCUAAAGAGAAGGUUCAACCAGCACUACGCACGUGCGAAGAAAGUCUCCUAACCGUAAUGACACGCUGGCCCAAGGAAAUGAACGACAGUGUAGCGUUGCUGAACCUGACUAAAGGAAAAGAUGUCAUUUGCGGUGAUAUCGCUAAAUACAAGGAGUGCCUGCUGCAUGCCCUCAAAUCUCAUGACUGCGACCACCCAGAGCUAGUUCAGGACAUAAUGACACAGAAGGGCAAUGCUCUACACCUUCCCCUGUGUUCUGCAUCUCCACGGCUGAAGCUCGAAAUUACUUUGGUGACCUUCAUGGCAGUCCUGGCUUUUCUGCUUGUGUGAGCUGCAUUUCCGAGUCGUUGGAUUAAAUAUAAGACUCGCUUA